AUGAUGUCUUUCCGAUCGGUUAUCUCUACCUCUUCAUCCAAUGCUGAAACACAGCAAGCAGCAAACUCAAACGCGGACCAGUAUCGCGAAAUUGGGCAAGGCUCGGUCGGCAAAAUAUUCGAGCACCCAGGUACCACCAGAUGUUACAAACUCCCGCUGCUCAAGAACUCCGACAAGCUCUACAACAACUACAUCAUGCAAACACAGGUCCAAGCUGCGUUCGACUCCGUGGCCAAGACCGUUCCUGACGUUGCUGUUCAGGUCAGCAUUCCUCGGGCAUUCUGGUGGGCCAACAAAGACACUGCAUCAUUCUGGGAUGACAACAUCGACAGAUUCGCGUGGGAGUCUGACCUUGCCAAAGGGCGGAUGGAUGUACUAUGCAUGGAGCGGAUCUUUCCAGUUCCUCAGCCGCUUCGCAACCUCCUGAUACAGAAGUAUUGUCGACCAGAGGAUCGAGAAACUGCCAAAGCCAACCCAAAGAAUAAGCACUGUCUCGUUCGUCCAAUGCUGGGCCGCUCGGCACACAGAAUGAGUUCGCUACCGCUCAACCUCCGCAAUUUUCCAAUGACCGUUGACAGGUUUGAGGAACUAGGUCUACCUGCUGAGGAAUAUACGACGGCUAUGGCCGAUGCGAUGGCCGUUCUUCACUGGAACGCCAAGCUUGAUGGCCUGGACAUCGAGUUCGUACUUGGCAGCUCACCAACACUGGAGCAGGAGGUGCGUCGUCCGCUCACAUACGAAGACAUCAAAUCCUUGCCCCAAGGCGCCAGCACUUUCGAGAUGGUCACCAACCCAGCGGCCGUUUUCAAGAAGCGUAUCAUGUCACUGUGGAUGAUCGAUUUUGAUUCCUGCUCAGCGAUCACUGUUGAUGCCGCUGGGGUUAAGAAGGCUGUCAAGACUUUCAUGGAAACUUAUGCCUACUGCCCGCGACCAUCCAAGGGCGGCACAUUUCGACAAAAUCUGUGGGUACGUUUUGGUAGGAGAUACAUCGACACCAGCCAAAAGUUUCUCUCGGGCCGCGACAAGGAUCUGCCGAAAGACUUCCUCGAAGGUGUCACCAGCAAUGUCAACGCCAACAGAGCUCGCGAGCGCACAGACUCUGCCCCUUAA